GGAGCUGGUGCUUCAAUAACUAAAAUAGCUCUUGUAUUUCAACACAUGGGGUUACUGCUGUACCACCGCUCUGUAUAUUAUUAUCACCAACGCCAUAUACUCAUCCCAACAAUUGUCGCAUUCUGGCGAGCRUAUCAGGAAAAGCUACUCCUUGACGUAAGUGGCAAAGAGGUAUCACUGGCAGGAGAUGCCCGCCAUGAUAGCAUGGGGCAUUCUGCCAAAUAUGGCACAUAUUCUASAUUCUGUUGUACCUCAGGCAAAAUCAUAGAUAUUGUCCUUGUCCAGGCAAAUCAGGCUGGCAGUAGUUCAGGAAUGGAAUAUUAUGGUCMUCAAAAAGCCAUGGAGUUCUUGUUAGGCACAGAUAUGGUUAUYAAAUCUUACAUUACAGACAGACAUACUUCUAUCACCAAAUGGAUGCGUGAAGAAUGCCCAAUACUAUGUAAAAACCUAAAGAAACCUGCCAUCAACCACUUUUUUGAUUUAUGGCACAUAGCCAAAAAAAUCCAGAAAGUAUUAACAAAGCUGGGCAAAGAAAAAGAUUGUGAGAUCAUAACAAGAUGGAAGAAAGCAWGCAUCUCACACUUCUACUGGUCUGUUACCUCCACUGAAGAAAAAAUGGGAGAUGUCAUAGUUGCAAAAUUCCAUUCUUUUUUAUCUCAUGUGAUAAACAAGCACACAGAGAUACCAAAUCCAUUAUUCAACAAAUGUUCAGAUGCUUAUGAAAAACUCAAAGAGGCUUUGGAGAAACCCAAUCUAGUAAAGGGUAUAAAGCAGACCUCAACAGUGGCACAGACUAGUUGCCUUGAAGGCUACCAUUCAGUUGUCAACCAAUUCUCACCAAAGAUGCUGGCCUUUUCAUACUUAGGAAUGCUUGUUAGAACAAUGUUGGCUGCCAUACACUUUAAUUAUAACUUGAGGAGAGAAGCUAAAGUGAAUGAUGAAGGAGUGCCAAAAUUGAGGCUAGUAUACCCAAAAUUUAAAGAGGGUCAGGCUACAGUCCGAGAAGUGAAGGUGCCAUCUAAUUAUGAUUAUGUAAAUGAACUUUUUGAUACAAUGACRAUGAUAUCCCGUAAUGAACUCAAAAGAAUUGAACAACAGCUAGAUGGUGAAAGACCAGAGCCACUGAACACCAUGUUAGAGAAGCAAGAUAAGGAAGAMGCCAUCAACAAAUACAAACUGAGAAGAGAAAAAGAAAUUGUUAUCUGCCCACCAACUUGUACAAGUAAAAUAACAUUAUCUUAAAACAAUGCAUAGUUAUUCA